GAAGAUUCCGACGGGUGGGCUGAGGAGGACGACAGUGAAUCGGACUGGAAUCUGGCGAAACUUGCUCGAGAAGAUGGACCCCGCCUUAUCGAACAGGCUCUUGCCAAUUUCGAUUCAAGAAUCAGUGACCUACAACAUUAUCAGGAUACCCUUAAACGCAAGGCUGAUGACCUGCAAAAGUCUGUUAGCGAGCUAGAGGCCGUCACUGAACCUGCGGAGAUUAUUGAACAUUUUUCCAACGUCAAGGAUCGAAUUGCUGUGUAUAGAGUGGCAAGUAUGGCCAUGGUGAAUUCAUGCGCCGACUUUCUGGCCUAUGCGCGGGUUCAAUCCAAACGUUGGCAUCGCUGUUUUACUGCACAGGCCGAUCGCCGUGGCCGUCUUGAACAGCUGGUUGAGGAUCUAGCCAAGCAACUGCGCCAACUGGAGACCCAAGUUCGCCAGAAAAAUUCCUGCGCUGGCUUCAGUACGUCUGCUGCUCUCUCUCCCCUCCCUAUCUAUCUAUCUCCACGUCCUACAAGUUUUAUGUUCCGGCCUCUCCAAAUCUAA